ACCCAUCACUACCUAAUGUGUUAAAUUCUGAACAGCGACAUUGUCUGUAUUCUGUAUUAAUUGCUAUUGAUUCUUCUUUGCUUCCAUAUGCAAAUAAUGUUAUAUGCUGUAUUACUAAUGAACAGUUUCCAAUAGGUUCAACAAUGAACCCAAUUAAGCUUAAGGAAUAUGAGGAUUUUAAAAAAGUUCAAAAGGAUAGUAAGAAAGAAAUUCAGUGGCACGAGUUUUUAAAGCUCAAUAAAAGCCAAUAUUUGAAUUUCAGGAAUGAUCUACGUAAUCGUGCUGCUUCUCGUUUUUCUCGUGGUGAAGCCUUAUCUCCCAAUCCAACAUUUCCAAUUUCGGAAGCAGAUUUCGUUCUUCAUGACUGGCUUACCUCAUAUUGCAAUAGCAUGGGUAA